AGCCAAUAAGGUUGCUCCAUGUCUUAAUCAUCCGCGUGCUGGAGAAUUUUUUUCGAAUGUUGAAGUUCGAGAACUCCAACAAAUCACAAUCUUCAAUACUAGUCCGUCAAUAUUUCUUUAUCAUGAUGUCUUUGGAAAGUUUCUAAAUGAUCUCGGAAAGGAAAUUUAG